GGAGAAAGAGCUUGCGGCGAGGUAUGUGAUCUUAGAGCAGCGAGGAGGAUUUUCUGGAGAGGAUCAUGGCGGAGGAGGAGGCUUUCAGUGACGCGCUCGCCUUCCCGGAUGAGCCCCGCAAAGAGAUGAGUAGCGGGCGGAAUGGGAGCUUGAGGAACAGGAAGAAAUGCAAGGAUCGUUCGCUGGACUGGCAACGCGAGGAAGAAGCUGCUCUAGAAAAGGGGGAAAACGGGAGCCAUAGCCUUACAGGAGAAGAGGAUAGUCACUCAGAGAUAAGCGAAAUCGAGCAGGCUUCCGACGAUGAAAUCGUCCAGCCAGAGCGAGAUUCACGACGAGAAAGCUUGGACGGGAUCGGCGAGGUCGAGCAAGUUCCCAGGCAUGACACCGACGAGACGAGCUCCACAGAGACAUUAGAUGAAGUUGAUGGAGGAGAAAGCCACCACCCCGAGGUGAGCUUAGAACCGAGCGAAAGAGACGCGCUCGAGCAGGUUGACACGGACGAAACGAGCUUCACAGAUCGACUAAGAGCUCUUCGUCAAGCUGGAAGUGACCACCAGUCGGAGAUAACCGCAGAAGUGAUUGGAAGCGAAGAACUCGAGCAAGUUUCCAAGCGCGACGCCGGGAUUUUUUACGACGUUAUCCGGCCAGUUUUCAUGGAUUCAGCAGAAGAAGCUGGCGAGAAGCCUCAAGCAGCGAGGCGAGAAGUUUACAAGAUGCCGGACAGUGUCGAGAAUGGCAACGAGAGCAGUCUCAUCUUCUGGCCAGCGAAUUUCAUCGUCCUUGCCGUGGCCUGGCAGCUCAAGGUCAUCUUCCUUGCGUGCACCACCGCCGUCUCCACCCUCGGGUUGCUCUACGCCUUCGUCCUCGACCCGGUACAAAUGACCAGCGCUGCGGGAAAGAACCUCUCGGAGCUUUUCAACUCUCGCGUCAAGCCACUCGCGUCGGACUUUGCUCCACGGCUCGCCAGCUUCGUCCAGAGAUUUGGAUGGGGAGUUUUAGCAGUGACUUACGCGCUGCUCAUGCUCGCCUUCCUCGUCCUGCCCGUGCUGCUCGUCGAGUACUUCUACGUGACCAAGUUCGUGGAGGUACCUCUCGACGUCAAGGCUCCGCUCUACUUCAACUACACCGAGGCUCGCCCCAGCGCAUACUUUAGAUUCAUCUCCGAGGCCGGGACUGGCGAAGAGCUUUCACGGUGGCCGCCAGCAUUCUCCUGGGAUAAGCUCCGCGUCGGGGUGUCGUUAACUCUCCCUGAGUCAGAUUAUAACCGGCAACUUGGGAUGUUUCAGGUGGCAGCGGAGAUACUGUCAGCGCGGAACGAAGUCGUCGUCAGAUCCAGUCGCCCGUGCAUGCUCCGAUUUCAAAGCGUCCCGAUACGCUACGCAAGGACGCUCAUCUACUCAGUGCCGGUCCUUCUCGACGUGGCCGGGGAGUACCAAGUCCUGCAGCUGGAAAUGAUAAACCUGAGACGACCGCGCGCGAGUCCCGUGCACGUCGCCAGCGUGAAAGUUUUGCUGGAGCCGAGAGCUGGAUUCGGGCCAGGAUCUGGUCUUCCGGAACUUUACGUGUCGGAGAUCCAGAUCCGUGCCGACCUGCCGUGGAAAAAGUCGCUGGUUUACAAGUGGAGGAGGACACUCUACGUGUGGAGCGCGACGGUGCUGUUCGUGACCGAGCUUGGCAUCGUCCUGUGCUGCUUCCGCCAGCUGCUCAUCCCGAAGAAAACGAGGCAGCGGCAACUCCAGCACAACAAUUCUUCGGAUCCCCCCUCCACUACAGCGUCCCGAAGAGCGAGAAGUCAAGUGAAGAAGCGCGUUUCGUUCCAGGAAAACUAGACCAGCUUUGUAUGACACGAUCAGGUGAUAUACAAUCUUUCUCUCGGGUCUGCCUUAUAGUAGGACCGGUCACGAGCAACGAUCGGUACGUUUUUUUAUAUGCUACGAGAGGGAAAAUUU